AAUAUAUUAUUAUAAAUAGCAUAUCUUCUUCAUCUUCUUAUAUAUUCUUAACUCUUUUUCUUCUCAAAUCUUCACAUGUUGACAGAUCUGUGUUCACUGAUGAUAGUGAACUCAAUGUUGAAUCAUUGAUCAAGAACUUGAAGAACACAAUAAUGAAGAAAUUGUCUAUGUCAUGUGUGACUGAGUCUCUCACAUCUCUCUCUACCUCUUCUACUGCUUCUUUCCCUGCUGCUCUUUCUCAAUCUUCUACACUUGUCUCUAUGUCUGGUUCUCCCGCUUCUGCUACCCCUGUUCCUGUGAUUCUCACUCCUGCUACUCCUGGUUUUAUCAUCUCUGCUUUCAUUACCAGCUCUCCCUGUUUUAAGAAGAUGUUAUAUAGGCUUAAUAAAUCAUGUUUCUCAAGAAUUACUUCUCUUCUCAACAGUGUUGAGAUUAUAAAAGAUAUUCAUGUUUUCAGAAACAGAAACAUGAAUAUUGUACUCUUUUACACUCACAAAUAUGAGACUUAUACAUCUU